AUGCACGGAGAACAGCAAGGGCAAGCCUUACCAUCCCACAGCCAACACUCCCAUGGCUCCAGGAAGCGGAAGAGAAGAGUUCGACUUACUAUCAGCGGCGUCAACGAGGUUUCGAUUGAUUUCAAGGAGCCCGAAGCAUCUGCUGAGCGAGGUCAACCACGAGACUCUCAAGCAAGGGAGCUCAGAGAGGAAGAAGAGGAGGAGGCGGAGCAUGAAGGAAUUCGGCGACGAGCAGACUGCGCGGAACACGAACUUCCCGGGUUGAUCGACUCGGGAGGACAUCGGAGCGGGGCAGGAAACGACAAGAAGAGGAUUUUUGCGAUCAGGUUCAACGGAGUGGAGAACCAACAUGGUCCGAGCAUGUCCGACCACAUGGAAGAGAAGAUGAGGUACAAGGGAUAUUUCGAUAUGCGGAACCAGAAGUUGAGGGAGAAUCAGCAUUCGUCGAUAGGCAGCACUACUUUCCACCUCACCACCAAGCAGCACAAGAUGGGUAAGGUGGGCGUGGAAGGGUCCCAUGCCUCCAUCUACCGCAAGCUGUGCAAAGAAAAGAUCUGCAAUGAAGAGAAGAAAGAAGUCAAUCCGAAAAAUGCUCCACACGACAGAGAGUCACAAGCAGGAGCAGGAGCAGGAGCAGGAGCAGGAGAAUCGAACAAAGUCUACGAAGCCCCGCCCAUCUUUGCUGGAGUUGUUGCGUACCUCGAUGGGAGAACAGGGCGGUACUCUGCUCUCCACCUUACCAAACUUGUUCAGCUACAUGGUAAAGUGCAAACAAGUCUUGCAUAUCAACGAGUUGAGCAAGACUGCACAACAGGUGGUGAAUGUAACAUAUCCCUAGGAAAAAGAACAGUUACCCAUGUGAUCUGCGAGAAUCUUUGCGGUGAUGAGAGUGAAACGUUGACAUGUUAG